AUGGACGCUACCAACAAGAACACAGUACGUAUACAACCAGAUCCUCCCUCUUACCAACCACAUAUCCACGACAUCUUUGCCAUCUCCUCACAACAUCUCCACGACAUAUCCACGACGCUGUUCAUCCAAGAGUACUACGUACUGACACACUAUAUAGGAACCUCCGGACAACGGGGAAGCAACCAGUGGGGUCGGGGGCGAGGCCAAGGUUCAACUACGAGCUACGAGCUUUUUAACCACAACUUGAACACCAGAGGAGGCGAGGCCCCCCCCCCUCCCAAGCCUCGAAGACUUUUUUGUUCCGUGUGUCACAAAGCAAAUCAUACCGCAGACGCUUGCCUCUCUCUCCCUGGAAAUAUCAUGAUCGUCUCUGGCGGUUCAUCUGUCGCUCCUCCUGGCACCAUUGUCCGUGUCGGGAGGAAACUCGAGAGCAAGGUUGCGAAAAUGAACAUCGGACGAAACUAG